AUGUCAAUCAAAAUUGCAGUUACUGCAGGUGCACUAGCAGGUGCUACAAUAGCAGUCGUCAAUAACAAAGAAAGUGUCUUAAGAGGAGCAGAAUAUGUUUUACAAAAAGGAGCUGAUUUCUGUAAGCAAAGGUUAGAAAAGGCCCAUGAGAUGAACAUGCACUUUGCUGAAAGUCACGAAGAUAGUGCAUUUGCAUCUGGAUAUGCAUAUAGUGAAUCUGGGAACUCUACAGGUAUUGAUACGCCAGAUGAAAUGGAUAGUGACCGGGAUUACGCUACGACUCCUGAUAUUUCUGACAUGUCAGACUCUUCAGAUGAAGAAAUUGAUAUGAUCAGUUUAGAUUAA